GAUUGAGUGUCCAACAUGGAAAUGAAAUCUAUCCACAAGAAGCGGGCCUCGACGGACCUGUCGGCGGCCGCCACCGCCGCGAAUGGUGAUGACCAUCUGAGAAAAAAUGGUUGUGAAAGCGGAGAGUGUGUCCCGGAGACUCUGAAACCGGGCUCGAAGAUUCGCCCCGUCGUCACCGAGGAGGACGUCCGGAAGCUGGCCGAACGGUUGUACGGUAUCAUCGUGCUGGAGAUGGGCGAGAUGGAUUCGUACGAUGAUAAGAACUUUCUGAUUCAGGCCGAUACCUUGAUCAAAAACCCCAUUUUGAAGACGGUGAGCUCCAACGGAUACGUUCUGAAGAUUGCCAACUCGCUGGACUCACAGAAUGAGGCAUUUUUCGAAGGUCAAGCGGAAAUUAUGCUGCUACUGCAGGCCCAUCACAUCACAUGUCCGACACCGAUUGAGAAUAUCUUCGGAAAGUACCACUCAGUGGAGAAGCUCGGUGAUGGCAAACAUGUCGUCCGGUUGCUGGAAUAUGUCCCUGGAAAGGUGUUCCAUGGCAUUCCGCAUCCAGACCGGCUCUUCUACGAUGCCGGUACGUUCAUCGGUAGGAUUGAUUCGGCUUUGAAGAGCAUCACCCAUGAAGGUAUUCUGAAGCGCCAGUCCAUAUGGAUGCUGGACAAUGUUCCGCAGUUGAAGGAUUUCCUAUACGUCAUCAAAGAUGAACAUCACAAGGACAUCAUUGAGCAGGUUUUGGAGGCUUUCGAUAAAAGGAUCGUACCGAAGCUGGAUGAAUUCGAACAUGGCGUAAUCUACGGUGACUUCAACGAGCACAACAUCAUCGUAAGCCGAAAAGAGGAUCAUCCCAAAGAGUACGAUAUUGCCGGAAUAAUCGACUUUGGAGAUUCCUGCUACUCGCUGUAUGUGUUUGAGCUGGCAAUCGCUAUGACCUACUUGAUGCUGGAAGCUAACGAUCUGGAUACGGGUGGUUUGGUCAUGGCCGGGUACAGCAUGCUAAGGGUGAUCCCACCGCAUGAGAAGGAAGUGCUGAGGGUAGCAAUUGCGGCCCGUCUGUGUCAGAGUUUGGUACUGGGAUUGUACACUUCCACGGUGGACGCGAAAAAUCAGUACAUUCUGUCGACCCAGGCUCGUGGUUGGAAGCUACUGGAGGCUUUGUGGAGCGAGAAGGACAAAGACAUACUGGAACGGUGGGAGAAGGUGGCCGAGCAGUAUCUGACUCGAAGCGAACAAUGAUUUGUUAAUGUUUUUACGCACAGCAAUAACAAGUGCCCUUAUGGACGAAGCAAUUGAAACUGCAAUAA